ACCAGGCAGCAACAUGGUGGCACCCGUGCUGGAGACCUCUCACGUGUUUUGCUGCCCGAACCGGGUGCGGGGAGCCCUGAGCUGGAGCUCCGGGCCCGGAGGACUUCUGGUCUUCGGCACGUCCUGUUCCGUGGUGCUCUAUGACCCUCAGAAAAGUGUUGUUAUUACCAACCUGAAUGGUCACACUGCUCGAGUCAACUGCAUACAGUGGAUUUGUAAACAGGAUGGUUCUCCUUCUACUGAAUUAGUUUCUGGAGGAUCUGAUAAUCAGGUGAUUCACUGGGAAAUAGAGAAUAAUCAGCUUUUAAAAGCAGUCCACCUCCAUGGCCAUGAAGGACCUGUUUAUGCAGUGCAUGCUGUUUACCAGAGGAGGGCAUCGGACGUUGCAUUACAUGCACUGAUAGUGUCCGCAGCUUCUGAUUCUACUGUUCGAGUCUGGUCUAAACAGGGUUCUGAAGUGACAUGCCUUCAGACCUUGGACUUUGGAAAUGGAUUCACUCUGGCUCUCUGCUUGUCUUUUUUGCCUAAUACUGAUGUACCAGUAUUAGCAUGUGGCGAUGAUGACUGCAAAAUUCACUUAUUUGUUCAACAGAACGAUCAGUUUCAGAAAGUGCUUUUUCUAUCUGGACAUGAGGAUUGGAUAAGAGGCGUGGAAUGGGCAGCCUUUGGUAGAGAUCUUUUCCUAGCAAGCUGUUCACAAGAUUGCCUGAUACGCAUAUGGAGGCUGUAUAUAAAAUCGACAUUUUUAGAAGCUCAGGAAGAUGAUAAUAUAAGACUGAAAGAAAAUACUUUUAAUAUAGAAAGUGAAAGUAUUAAAAUAGCAUUUGCGGUUACUCUGGAGACUGUGCUGGCUGGUCACGAAAACUGGGUAAAUGCAGUUCAUUGGCAACCUUCAUUUUACAAAGAUGGUGUUCUGCAACAGCCAAUGAGAUUGUUGUCUGCCUCAAUGGAUAAAACCAUGAUUCUUUGGGCUCCAGAUGAAGAGUCAGGAGUUUGGCUAGAACAGGUUCGAGUAGGAGAAGUAGGUGGCAGUACCCUGGGAUUUUAUGAUUGCCAGUUCAGUGAAGAUGGCUCCAUGAUCAUUGCUCAUGCUUUCCACGGGGCACUGCACCUUUGGAAACAGAAUGCCACUAACCCGAGAGAGUGGACUCCAGAGAUUGUUAUUUCAGGACACUUUGAUGGUGUCCAAGACCUAACAUGGGAUCCAGAAGGAGAAUUUAUCGUCACUGUUGGUACUGACCAGACAACUCGACUUUUUGCUCCAUGGAAGAGAAAAGACCAAUCACAGGUGACCUGGCAUGAAAUUGCAAGGCCUCAGAUACAUGGAUAUGACCUGAAGUGUUUGGCAAUGAUCAGUAGGUUUCAGUUUGUAUCUGGAGCGGAUGAAAAAGUUCUUCGAGUAUUUUCUGCACCUCGAAAUUUUGUGGAAAAUUUUUGUGCCAUUACGGGCCAAUCACUGAAUCACGUGCUUUGUAAUCAAGACAGUGAUCUUCCAGAAGGAGCUACCGUCCCUGCUUUGGGAUUAUCAAAUAAAGCUGUCUUUCAGGGAGAUAUAGCUUCUCAGCCUUCUGAUGAAGAGGAGCUGUUGACGAGUACUGGUUUCGAAUAUCACCAGGUGGCCUUUCAACCCUCCAUACUUACUGAACCUCCCACUGAGGAUCAUCUUCUGCAAAAUACUUUGUGGCCUGAAGUUCAAAAACUAUACGGACAUGGUUAUGAAAUAUUUUGUGUUGCUUGUAGCAAUUCAAAGACACUGCUUGCCUCAGCUUGUAAGGCAGCUAAGAAAGAGCAUGCAGCUAUCAUUCUUUGGAACACUGCAUCUUGGAAACAGGUGCAGAAUUUAAUUUUCCACAGUUUGACUGUCACGCAGAUGGCCUUCUCUCCCGAUGACAAGUUCUUACUAGCUGUUUCCAGAGAUCGGACCUGGUCACUGUGGAAAAGGCAGGACACAAUCUCACCUGAGUUAGACCCAGUUUUCAGUCUCUUUGCCUUCACUAACAAAAUCACUGCUGUGCACAGUAGAAUUAUUUGGUCUUGUGAUUGGAGUCCUGAUGGCAAGUAUUUCUUCACUGGAAGUCGGGACAAAAAGGUGGUUGUCUGGGGUGAGUGCGACUCCAGCGAGGACUCCACUGAGCACAGCAUCGGCCCCUGCUCCUCCGUUCUGGACGUGGGCGGAGCUGUGACUGCCGUCAGUGUCUGCCCAGUGCUUAACCUUUCCCAACGAUAUGUUGUUGCAGUAGGAUUAGAGUGUGGAAAGAUUUGUCUGUAUUCUUGGAAAAAGACUGAUCAAGUUCCGGAAAUAAAUGACUGGAUGCACUGUGUAGAAACAAGUCAAAGCCAAAGUCAUACACUUGCUAUCAAAAAAUUAUGCUGGAAGAACUGUAAUGGAAAAACUGAACAGAAUGAAGCAGAAGGCACUGAAUGGUUACACUUUGCAAGUUGUGGUGAAGAUCACACUGUGAAGAUACACAGAGUUAACAGAUGUGCACUGUAAUGGACUUAAUGACUGCAAGCAUAUACUCGUUGGUGUCUUAAAAAUAUUUAUCAUGUAAAUAGAUAACCUUUCUUUACCUCAUAAUUUCAUUGCAUUUCAUGCUUAAGCCCUAUGGCAGUAGUCCUUAUGUGAGUCUCAGACCCUUUGAAAUAUGAUGAAAGCUACAGACUCUUCUCUCAAAAUGUUUAUAUACACACAGUCUCAGAACCUUGCCCAUACUUUCAGGGAUUCAGACCUGCAUCUGUGUGUCCCAGAUUGAGAGCCUCUAUUCUUUCUUUCUUCAUGAUCAAAUUUGCCUAAUUUUGUGUCAUUUCGGGCCUUCUCUUUUCAAAUGUUUGGGACGUUUCAUUAUUUACUACCCUCCUCUGAGGGAGAGCCUAGAAAAUAAAAAGAGAUAAAACCCAGA